UCGCUCCUCGGCUCAAUUACCGCAUUUUCCGUGUAAUUCUUUUAUAUUUUGGAUUUCCGAAAAAUAUUGAAUGAAACUUUGCGUGAAAUGGCGACGGAAAAAGAUUUAGUAAAUGCUGUACGAGAAUCGUUAAAGGCCGAUGGAAAUCUCGAUCGGAUAAAAGCAGAAAUGCGUACAGAAGUGAUAAAAUUGCUCGAUUGUUCUAGCAAAGAGAGCAACUCAAAAACUGUCAAGCCUUCUCACGAUAUUGUUUUCCUUAAUGAACUCGUUAGAGAAUAUCUGGAUUGGAUGGGUUACAAAUACAGUUCCACUGUAUUUCGUGCAGAAUGCGAUCUUCCCAAACAUUGCUUGGAUCGUAAGCUUCUUGCGCAAGGCUUAGGGGUAAAAGACAAUGAGAAGAGCAAAAACCUACCGUUAUUAUGUGGACUCGUACAAACAUUUACUAGCUUAAAAGAUACCUAAUUAUAAAAUCUACACGAGCAUGUAUUAUUCAACAUUUAAUUGUGAUUUUUAAAUGCGAUUUAUUUAUUUAUUUCCUACGUAUGUUACACACAUACAAAUCUCUCACACUUAUAUCUUUUUUUAUAUAUAUAUGUACAAACUUGAAAACAUAUAGCACAAACUUAGAUGGUUUAUACUUAUUAUAAUAAAUAAUGAAAAACAAAGCAGUAUUCUUAUUGGUAUACAUGGCAACUUCUUUGUUAAUAUA